AUGAACUACCACGUGCAACAGACAACCGUAACUACAACCUCAGAUAUAACUCCACCCGAUGAAACCGACGAUGAGAUUCUCAUCCAAAUCGACCAAACAAGUGAAAUGGAAGAUUGUGAUAAUAGUUCAUCAACUUACGUUCAGAGCGUCGUUAUUGAGAACGAAUAUGACACGGACGAUCUCAAGAACGCCCUUCACAGAUUACAAGAAGGCGAGAAAAGCCAUUGUAUCAUUGAGACGGUUUACGCCCAAAAUGCCUCCAGUUCUGAUAAUUCGUCCUGGUACUACAUGGACGAGCAUGAGAUUGUGUGGAUGGAGAAAGAGGAGGAAUAUAAUCCUGAUGUGCACAUUGGACACGGCCUUCUGAUGGUCCUGCCGAUUCUCGCAGCCGGGGACUCCGUCGUGUACAUCGUUCUCUUCAGGACGUUCGUUGACGAACCUGCCAGUCCCAUCGUACAGAUCUACCAAACUUUUGACGACGAGAGGGCAUGUGGGUGCGAAGAUGGCGAGGGUGAGAAUGCUACCUCUCAUAACCAUGCAACGGAAGUGAUCCAGCAUUUCGCAUCCAACUCAAACCUCAGUGUUGGAGACAUGGACUUGACAUCAAUGACAGACUAUAUCGCGAUGCUCGGGUCGGUGCCAGAUCACAGGCGCCAAUACAUGUCGCUGACGAUUGACAACGAGAUCGAGGGAGAAGACUGUGAAACAACAACAGAAGUAUCCACAACUCCUGAAAUUACAUCAACCGAAAAGACAUCUGCGACACCUGCAAUUACAACUUACGAAUCUACAACGAUCUCAACAACUGAAUCUACAAUUACCGAAAUUUCUACAACACCUGAAACCACAAUAUCCGACACGACGUCUACAACACCAGAAAUUACCGCUUCCGAAACGACAUCUGUAGCUCCUGAAAAUACAACUUCCAAAAUUUCCGAAACGACGUAUACAACGGAAAUUUCAACUUCAGAAACGACGUCUAUAGUUCCUGAAACUACAUCUUCCAAAACGACAUUUACUUCUGAAACCACAACUUCUCAAACGAUAUCUACAACUCCUGAAACAACUUCCGAAACGACAUCUUUAGCUCCUGAAUCUACAACUUCCAAAGCGACAUUUACAACUGAAACAACAACUUCCGAAGUGUUAUCUACAACUCCUGAAACUUCAUCUUCGGAAGAAUCAGUUUCAUCAACUGAAAUUACAAAAACCACUAGUCUCGACUCAACAACAUUUUCCAUAACUCCAGAAGAGACUAGUUCCACAACUCCUGAAAGUACCACAACAGCCUCAGUUCCACCCAUUAGAGAAGACGAGGAGGAAAAAAUAAUUCAAAUACUUCAGGGCACUGAAUAUAUAGACUGUGAUAACAAUACUUCGGAAUUUAACCAGUCCGUCGAGAUCGAAAACAAAUUUGAUACUUACGACCUUAGAGAUACACUGCAUAGAUUACAGAACGGCGAGCGCUGUCACUCUGUUCUCGAGGCCGUCUACUCCCAGAACUCGAGCGCCAGCAAUUCCUCGUGGUACUACAUGAACGACCACGACGUCGUAUGGCUGGAGGAAGAGCAGGAGUACGAGAGUGACGUUCACAUCGGAAAAGGCCUUUUGAUGGUCCUGCCUGCCGUUACAGUCGGGGAUUCCAUUGUGUAUCUAGUUCUACUGCGGACUUUCACUGAUGAGCCCGCCAGUCCGAUUAUCCAGAUAUACCAGAGCUUUGUGGAUCGAUCGCAUGCUGAAGAAAGCCAUAAUACCACUGAGAACCACGAUAUAGUUCAGAUAUUCCAGCACUUCAGUUCUGACGCAAACAUCAAUGAAGAGGAAACGGACACAACCUCCUGGACAGAUUACAUAUUGAUGCUGGAUGCUGUGUCUGCCUACCAACGCCAGCUGAUGUCUCUGAUUAUUCAGAAGGAGAUCCAGAAUGAAGAGGACUGCGAAACAACGACAGAAACAACGACAACAACGACAGAAACAUCGACAGAAUCAAGUACAACUAUUGAGACUAGCACAACUCGAGAGGGUACUACUUCUACUAUCUCCAUGAGUUCUGAAACUACAACAGUAACAUCUACAACCGAAACUACAUCUGUAACACCUGAGACUACAACAGUAACGUCCUCAUCGGAAACUACAACACCUGAGACUACAACAGUAACGUCCUCAUCGGAAACUACAACUCCUGAGACUACAACAGUAACAGCCACAGUAACCUCGACGCUUGGACCUCCAUCUACAACUCCCGAGAUUACCUCAGUAACAUCCACAGCUGAAACUUCAUCUACAACCCCUAAAACAACAGCAAAUAAAACUACACCCACAGUAACAUCUUCACCUGAAACUACAACCGCAACCUCUGAAACUGCAGCAGAAACAUCCACAUCUGAAACUACAACAGGAACAUCCACACUCGAAUCUACAUCUACAACCCCUGUAACAACAGUAACACCCACGACCGAAUCUACAACAAGUGAAUUAACAACACCAGAAUCCACAGCCACAGCAGGCCCGACUACGCCUCCGCCAGUCGAAGAGGAAAUCGAUUCUGUGGAAACGGAAAGUGAAGAAGCUCUUGUCGAGAUCAUGCAGUCAACGGGCACCGGGGACUGUGGUAAUGAGACGAGCGAAUUCGUGCAGAGUGUUGUUAUUGAAAACGACGUCAGUAUGGACGAGCUAAAGGAAACGCUACAUAGGUUGAAGGAAAGUGAGAAAAGUCAUUCCAUUAUGGAAACUGUGCAUUCUCAGAAUUCUCGUUCCGAAAACAGUUCCUGGUACUACAUGGAUGAUCACGACAUUGUUUGGAUGGAUAAUAAGGAGUUUGAGAGCGACGUCCACAUUGGCUUUGGCUUGGUCCUCGUCCUUCCCUUGAUCGCACUGGACGGUGAGAUUCAGUAUGUUGUUCUGGUGAGAACCUUCGUCGACGAGCCAGCCAGCCCCAUCGUGCAGAUAUACCAAAGCUAUAUUGAUCAAAGCGUCUGUGGAUGCAUUGAUGAUGGAGAAGCUGAAAAUGCUACUCAUGAUCAUGGCGCAGUGAUUGCAGUGCAGCAUUUUAUUUCGAAACGCUGCCGUGGCGUCAAGGUUAUGGUAAGCGUUACUAAGUUCGUUAUUUUCGAUAGCUCCAACUACAGCUCAGAGGAGAUCGACUUGGAGGCAAUGACGGACUACAUCGCAAUGCUAGAGGCUGUGCCCGCGCUCCAGCGUACGGUUGCAGAGCUGACGGUUGUAAAUGAAUUGGAAGGAGAGGAUUGUGAAACAACAACAACGCCAACAACCACAGAAUCUACAAUAACAACUUCAGAGACUACGACAGUUUCAACAACAACGGAGUUCACUACAACUAUCACACCUGAAACCGUUUCUCCCACAAUAUAUGAAACUAGUACAAUCUCAACAUAUAUGACUCCUGAAGUAACUAGAGCAUCUACAACUCCUGAAGCAAGUACCUCUACAACUCCUGAAGCAACCGCAUCUACAACUCCUGGAGCAAGUACAUCUACAACUCCUGAAGAAACCACAUCUGUAACUCCUGAAGCAACUCCAUCUACAACUCCUGAAGAAACCACAUCUGUAACCCCAGAAGCAAGUAUACCUACAACUCCUGAAGCAACAACAGUAACUCCUGAAGUAACCACCACACCCACAAGUAAAACGACCAAGACUUCGACAGCUGAAACCACCACAGAAGCCAUUCCUUUAGAACCAUCCACCUCCACCACAGUUCCAGAGGCUCCCGCACCCCCGCCCGUUGCAGAGGCUGACCUGAGCGAAGCCAUAUUACAAGUAUCCCAGACAAACGAAGGAGUGGAUUGUGACAACACCUCAAGUGAGAUCAGACAGAGUGUUGAAAUCAUCAAUGAAGUUGAUAAAGAUGAUCUCCUGGAGGCUCUUCAUAGACUGGCGGAGGGCGAGAAGAGUCAUGGCGUCAUAGAAACUAUCUUUUCUCAGAAUUCUUCGAGCUCUGAUAAUUCUUCUUGGUACUAUAUGGAUCAAAACGAUAUCGUCUGGAUGGAUAAGGAGGAAAAGUUCCAGAGUGAUAUUCACAUUGGAUUUGGUCUGCUGAUCGUCUUUCCCUUAAUCAUGCUGGACGGGCAAAUUGCGUUUGUGGUUUUCAUAAGAACCUUCAUCGACGAGCCUGCUAACCCUAUCGUCCAGAUAUACCAAAGCUUUAGCGAUCGGAGUGCCUGUGGUUGCAUAGAAGGCGAAGAGAGUGAUAAUACUACUCAUGAACAUAACGCUGCCACUGUUAUUCAGCAUUUUACUUCAAACUCCAGCUACAGUCAUCGAGAGAUAGACAUAGAGAGCAUAACGGACUACGUGGAGAUGCUGUUCGCUGUGCCGGAGCAUCAGCGGGAAGUGGUGGAGUUAGUGAUUGUAAAUGAGAUUGAAGGAGACGAUUGUGAAUUUUUAGAUUCUCGCAGUUCAUCAACCGCAGAGUCUACAACACCAACUUUCGAGUCUUCCAUGUCCGCUUCUACUACUGAGGCUAUAUCAACUACUGAGCCUAGCCAGUCUAGCACAGUAGUUUCAACAACGGAGGCUCUAACAACCACUGAGUCAACAACCCCAACCUCAACAAGUACUGAAUCUACUGCUGAAACUAUGUUAACCACAACCACUCCUACAUUGGUACCUACAUCAAUUCCCACGAGUACGGAAUCUACUCCUGUCAUAUCGACCACUACAUCUACCACAGUAGUUUCCACAACGGAGACUUUAACAAGCAGUGAACCAACCACAUCGACUUUGGAGACAGUGUCAGUUUCAACAACAGAAACUACCACAAGAUCUUCAACUACAAAUUUACCCACUGUAUUUUCUACAACAUCAAAAGCGCCUGAAACUAGCACACCUACAAUUACAGUUUCCACAACUGAACCAAUUCAGUCUUCGACAUCUGAAGCAACUACAACAGAAUUCGUCACUACAGAACCUUCAACUUCUAUCACAGUCGCCGAUGUGCCUGAAAUUCCACCCGCGCCAGACACCGAAGAGGACGGCAGCAUCUUGCAGAUAUCCCAGAUUAAUGAAGCUGAAGAUUGCGACAACACUUCAUCUGAGUUCAUACAGAGUGUAGAGAUCGAUAACAAAAUUGAUGAGAAUGAAAUUGAGGAAACUCUUCACAGAUUGAGGGAGGCUGAGAAAGGCCACUGCGUCCUGGAAACUAUCUCUUCCCAGAAUUCCUCUACCUCUGAUAACUCCUCUUGGUACUAUGUGGACCAACACGAUAUCGUCUGGAUGGCCAGAGAGGAGAGGUUCCAGAGCGAUGUUCACAUUGGCUUUGGCCUGUUGGUAGUCCUUCCCUUGCUCGCACUGGAUGGUGAGAUUCAGUAUGUUGUUCUGGUGAGAACCUUCGUUGACGAGCCUGCCAGCCCCAUCGUGCAAAUAUAUCAAAGCUUUCACGAUCGAAGUCUCUGUGGCUGCAUAGAGGGCGAAGCAAGUGAAAAUGCCACCCAUGAACAUGGCGUACUCAGCGUUAUCCAGCAUUUUACUUCCAAAUCCAACGACAGCCGAGUAGAAAGGGACACGUACGCAGUGACGGACUACAUCGAGAUGCUGUUCGCUGUUCCCGAACACCGGCGGAAUCUGACACAGAUGACAAUAGUUAAGGAGAUCGAAGGAGAGGAUUGUGAAACGACAACGGCCACCACAACAUCCAUCGAGACAACCACACUAACUUCCGAGUCUUCCACGUCAUCUUCUACUACUGAGGCUUUAACAACCACUAAGCCUACCAGAUCGUCUACCGAGGCAAGCACAUUAGCUUCAACAACGGAGACCGUAACUACCAGUGAGUUAACCACCCUAUCACAGGAGCCUACCUCUACUCCAACAAGUACUGUCUCUACCAUUAAAACUACAACAGACUCAGCCAUUUCAACAUUCGAAUCUAUUUCAACUUCAACAAGCAGUGAAUCUACAACCGAAGGCAUAAGAACCACCAUAGUUUCAACAACUGAGACUUUAACAAGCAUUGAGCCAACUACAACGACUUUAGGAACAAUGUCAGUUUCAACAACGCUUGAAGCUACCUCAACACCUUUAACAACCGAAUUUUCAGCACCACCCACAACACUUGAAACUAGUACACCUGCAGCUUCAACACAACCAACUACAGGUUCCACAAGUGAAACAAUCAAGACUUCGACGCCUGAAGCAAUCACAACAGAAUUCGUCACUACAGAACCUUCAACUUCUAUCACAGUCACCGAUGUGCCUGAAAUUCCACCCGCGCCAGACACCGAAGAGGACGGCAGCAUCUUGCAGAUAUCCCAGAUUAAUGAAGCUGAAGAUUGCGACAACAUUUCAUCUGAGUUCAUACAGAGUGUGGAGAUCGUAAACGAAAAUGAUAAGAAAGAUCUGGAAGAAGCCCUUCACAGACUGAAUGAGGGAGAGAAAAGCCACUGUGUCGUGGAAGCCAUCUUCUCUCAGAAUUCCUCUGGCUCCGAUAAUUCUUCUUGGUACUAUAUGGACCAACAAGAUAUCGUCUGGCUGGAUAAAGAGAAACCGUAUAGUAUAUCAAAUGUCAUGUCAGAAAUGAAAACUGAGUCCUUCCAGAGAGAUGUUCACAUUGGCUUUGGCCUGUUGGUAGUCCUUCCCUUGCUCGCACUGGAUGGUGAGAUUCAGUAUGUCGUUCUGGUGAGAACCUUCGUUGACGAGCCUGCCAGCCCCAUCGUGCAAGUUUACCAGACUUUUAAAGAUCGAAGCGCCUGUGGCUGCACAGAAGGCGGAGAACAUGAAAAUAAAACCCAUGACUAUAAUGUUAUCAGCGUUAUUCAACACUUCACUCAGCAUGCCAACUACAGCGAAGAAUCAAUAGACAUGGACGCAAUGACGGAUUACAUCGAGAUGCUGUUCGCUGUGCCUGAACAAGAACGUAAUAUUACAGCAAUUGCUAUUGUCAAGGAGAUCGAAGGAGUGGAUUGUGAAGAAAAUGAGACGACAACUGUCAUGUCAACACCAAAAUUGCCACAGCAAAAGAAUUAUACCAACGUAGAAUUUGGGAGUUAA